AUGUCAGGAGACCCCGCGCGACCUAUGAGCAUCGAUGCCAUGCUUGACAUGGAACGCCAAGAGGUGCUGGCCCUGCUGGAGAACAAGAACCAGGGCAGCACCUCUCCCGAGAGAGUGCGUGCCACGUCGCCAUUUGCAGCGCCACCUCGCUCCCCUGUCCGAAGCAUGCUAGACAUCGACGAGGAAGGGCCGAGCAACACGCGAACCGCCCCCUCGACACAGGCUCCCCCUCCAGUGCGCAGCAUGCUGGACCUCGACUCCCCAUCGCCUCCACCUUCGGCCACGCUGAGGAGCGCAAGCCCCGCCUCUCCAGGCUCAAGCGUCGACCCCAAAUUCAAAUCAUCCAUGUCCCAAGGAUCUUUCUUCACUCAGCGGAGCAUGUCGGGCUCAGGCUCGGGGCUCAGACCCGCAGACUUUGGGCCUCGAGCGGGCAACCGUAACGACAGAACUUCCGAGUAUCAGUUUUCGGGCAUUCUCUCCCACAACACCGGCCAACCCAAGAGGGCCUCCCAGGUCAACAAGCGCAUGUCCAGCGGUGCUCUGGGCGACUCCCUCCGAGGGCCCGACUUGAGCAGUCUUCAGCUUCCGGGAGACCGGGGCCGUCACGAAGCUGCUGGUGGUCGUCUGGGCAAUCAGUCCAAAUCACCCCACAAUCGGUGGGAGGCCAGGUCGCGCUCACCCGCCCCCCUCUCACCCUUGCUGUCGCCAAACAAGGCCAAACUUGGCGGCGGUCAGCUGCUCGACAUCAACAACGCCUACCGCCGGCUCUCAGAUGCGAACCUGGCCUUUUCUAGCGGAAGCUUGGCGCAGCUUCCCAUGCGGAAGCAGCGGUCCGAGGAACUUGGGGAGGGCCGGUUGAUCAAAGACUACCUCGGCCCAGAUGGCGAGCAACUUGAAUCGAGCGACGAAGAAGAGGCCCAUUCAUCCGACGACGAAGAUCGUGGUCGCAAGACGGCCCCUCGAUCUUUGAACCCGGAUGCGCGCGGCGACAAGGAUCAGAGCAAGUCUCGAUCGCCCUCGGGUAGGAAAGAGCGCCAAAGCUUGAGUCUGUUAGCCGCGGCCGAUGCAGAGCGCCGCCAAGUAGCCUCGCAGCGUCCCGCAUACCAAUAUCGAUCCCUCAUUCCCGAGCCCGAGAUCAAGAUCACAAACUCGGCGGGCGAUACAUCCAAGCCGUCCAAGACUGGCAUACAUCCCAACACGAGCUACGAACGGGGUUCAGCAUCUGCGACGCCGUCGAUGAUGGACUCUGACGAAGAGGCCGACAUGGACGACAUCAAGCGGGCCCAGAAGCUUUCCUUUUUCAUGAGCAGCAUCAUGACGAGCCCGGAGUCGCACCGUGCCAUUCGCAUCAUCGAUCGCGGAGAGUACACCAAGAUUGCGCAGCAAGCCGAAGAGGAACAUCAUAGGCUCCGGAAGUAUCUUGUGGCGACUGAUCUUAGUGACGAGUCGGCGCACGCGCUAGAGUGGGCCAUUGGGACUGUGCUCCGGGACGGCGAUACAUUGAUUGCCAUCUACUGUGUGGAUGAGGAGACUGGAAUCGUGACGGGCGAGGGCGUCUCGGUACCAGACGACCCCAAGGCGAUGAAGGAGCAGGCAGCGGCCAUCAACACGGUGACAAACGCAAAGUCGCUCCCCACUCCCCUCAGCCCUGUCACGGAGCUUAAGAGGGCAUCGGCUCUUUACCUGCGGAAUGACUCGAGCGGCACGCCCGGAUCGUCGCCGGGACCAUCGAGAGAUCGCAAAAGGGCCGACGAGGAGCGGCAUCGGGCGAUUGAUCAAAUGACGGACAAGGUUUUCCGUCUCCUUAGGAAGACUCGACUACAAGUACGGGUGAUUGUGGAGGUGCUGCAUUGCAAGAACCCGAGACACCUGAUAACGGAGGUGAUUGACCUGGUGAACCCAACCCUGGUUGUUAUUGGAAGUCGAGGCCGGAGUGCGCUGAAGGGAGUGAUACUCGGAUCGUUUUCGAACUACCUGGUGACCAAGAGCUCGGUUCCCGUCAUGGUGGCUCGGAAGCGGCUGCGAAAGCAAAGCAAGUACAACAAACGGACACCAGUGCGCCAAGUCAACAACUUGAGCAAUCCUGCCGCCAGAAGCUUAGCCAACGCCAAGAUUGACUGA